CCAUGCCUUUCUUUGAUGUGCAGAAAAAGCUGGGCAUUAGCCUCGAUCGCCACUUCGUAUUCCAAAGUGUUGAGCAGCCCUUCAAGAUUCCCUCCCGAUGCCAUGCUUUCGAAAAAGAGUGGAUAGAGUGUGCACAUGGCAUCGGUGCUAUCCGGGCUAAAAAAGAGUGCAAGAUAGAAUUUGAAGAUUUCGAGGAAUGUUAUCUUCGGUAUAAAACGAUGAAGCGCCUGGGUGAAAUCAGACGACAGCGGGAUAAGCUGGUUAAAGAGGGAAGAUACACCCCUUCCCCUCACCACAGGGGCCAGGAGGAAUCCAGGCCCUGA